AUGGCCUUGAGGAUCUUUGAAAUCGACCGCACGCUCGAAGCUUGUCAAGGUCAAAUUUGGGAUCGCGUGAAUGGCUAUCGCUACUGGCUCGGCGAGCUCGAGAAGAACGAGGGAGGUCUCGAAAACUUUGCGGAGGGCUACAAGAUUUUCGGCUUCAUCCGCGAGAAAGGUGGUUACACGUACAGAGAGUGGCUGCCCAAUGCGAAGCAGGUGUUCCUGAUUGGAGGCUUCAACGGCUGGCAGAACACGACGCCCCUGAAGUCCGAAGGCUUCGGACGAUGGGCCGUGCACUUCCCAGACAAGGCGGACGGUUCCCCACACAUCCCGCACAAAACUCAGCUGAAAGUUCGAGUUGAAGCCAACGAUGGCUCCUGGCAUGACCGGGUGCCAGCAUGGAUCAAGCUGGCCUGGCAGGACCACACGACAAAUCUCUUCAACGGCGUUUUCUGGGAACCGCCCGAUGAGGAGCGGUACGUGUUCCAGAACCCUCGGCCAGAUAGGCCCGACAACCUCAAGAUUUAUGAGGCUCAUGUGGGUAUGGGCUCCGUCGAGCCGAAAGUCGCCACUUACGUGGAGUUUGCCGAGACGGUCUUGCCUCGGGUCAAGCGAUUGGGCUACAAUGCUGUGCAGCUCAUGGCCAUUGCAGAGCACGCGCACUACGGCUGCUUCGGCUACCAUGUGACGUCCUUCUUUGCCCCGUCCAGCAGACAAGGUACACCCGAGGAGUUGAAGUACCUCAUCGACACUGCGCACGGCUUGGGCAUUCAGGUGCUGAUCGACCUCGUGCAUGCCCACGCGUCGUCCAACACCCUGGACGGCAUCGCCCAGAUGGACGGCACAGAUCACUGCUACACCCAUGGGGGCCCAAAGGGGCACCAUGUCGAGUGGGACUCGAAGAUCUUCAACUACCUUAAGUACGAGGUUCUUCGGUUCCUUCUCUCGAACGUGAAGUGGUGGCUUGAGGAGUACCAGUUCGAUGGCUUCCGCUUUGAUGGAAUCACUUCGAUGUUGUAUCAAUCUCACGGCAUUGGUAAAGGCUACACUGGUGGCUAUCACGAGUACUUCGGACCUGACGCAGACAUCGACAGCCACAUCUAUCUCAUGCUGGCGAACGACCUGAUCCACCGCACUGUUCCCUCAGCCGUGACAGUUGGCGAGGACGUGAGUGGCAUGCCGACUUUGUGCUUGCCAGUCGACUGGGGAGGCUUCGGAUUCGACUAUCGCCUGGCGAUGGCGAUCCCGGACAUGUUCAUCAAGUACCUGAAGGAGUGUACCGACGAUGGGUGGUCCAUGGGCCACCUGGUGCACACCCUGACCAACCGAAGAUACAUGGAGAAGGUCAUCGCCUACUGCGAGUCGCACGAUCAGGCCAUCGUUGGGGACAAGACACUCGCUUUCUGGCUGAUGGACGCCGAAAUGUACACGGGCAUGAGUGUCUUCACAAGUCCGCAGCCUUCUAUGUGUGUCGAUCGCGGCCUGGCGCUGCACAAGAUGAUUCGCCUGCUCGUUAUGGGGCUGGGCGGUGAGGGUUACCUGACCUUCAUGGGCAACGAGUUUGGACAUCCUGAGUGGAUCGACUUCCCUCGUCCUGAGAAUGGCUGGAGCCACCAUCAUUGCAGACGGCGCUGGGAUCUUGCCGAAGACGACUUGCUGAGAUACAAGUUCUUCCAGGCCUUCGAGGAGUUGAUGCAGGCCUGCGAGAAUCGGUUCAAGUUCGUCAAUGCGCACCAUCAGUACGUCAGCAAGAAGGACGAGAUGGACAAGGUCAUCGUCUUCGAGCGCGGCGAUCUUGUCUUCGCUUUCAACUUCCACCCGUGCAACAGCUAUGAGAAUUACCAGAUUGGAACUCAUUCCGACGAGCCCUUGCGCUGUGUUCUGGACACGGAUGAGGGCAGGUUUGGCGGCCACAUGCGUCUGGACUAUGGUCAUGGGAACCCUUUCCCAGUCUUGCAUGGGCUUGACAAGCGUCCGCACUCCGCGAAGCUGUACAUGCCGUCUCGCACCGCGCAGGUGCUCUGCAGGGCGAGCAAGCUGACGGGCGGAGUACACGUCUACGUUGAAGAUAGCUUCCUUUUGCAGUACGAUCUGGACAGCACAGAGGGGCUGAAACUGUCUUUGGUGACCUACAGGGAUGGGAACGAGGAGAUGAUCGACUUUGACUUCGUAGACGGUGCUGUCCAUCUAGCUGAGAACUUCGACGCAACCUUUGAUAUUGUCACCGAAGACAACUGCAUCCUGCCCUGUAAGGCCUCAAAGGACACCAGGUUUCGAAUUUACUUUCCUGGGGAGUACACUGUGACGCUGUUGGGCUUCCUCAAGAAUGGCAGGCCGGAGGAUCAGCUUCCGCCGGAGGAGGAGACGAAGCCAGAGCCUGAACCCGCACCAGCACCACAGCCGGUGGCCAAAGCUGCUGCACCCGCACCGAAGCCCACGCCGGCGCCGCAGCCGGCAGCCCAACCUGCCCCCCAGCCAGCACGCCAGCCGCCGCCCCAGCCGGCACCCCAGCCGGCGCCUCAGCCGGCGCCUCAGCCGGCGCCCCAGCCGGUGCCCCAGCCGGUGCCCCAGCAAGCACGUGCCACUCCAGAAAACCCUUCGCCGAAGCCUAUGACGGCCGCAGAGCGGCUCGGCGGCUACUCCAGGACGAAAGCGAAGCGCGCGCCGGAACCGCCCAGUCCGCCCGUAGCGCCCGUCGCGCCCGUGGCGCCGGUGGCGCCUGUAGCGCCGGCGGCGCCCGUGGCAGAGCCGGAGCCAGCGAUUGAGCCAGCGGUCGAGCCAGCGGUCGAACCAGCGGUCGAGCCAGUGGCCGAAGCAGAAAACCCAAAGUCUUCCGAGGAAGCCGGGGUGGACAUCCGUGACAUGACUCGGUGCUACUCUGGGCUGCACUUCAUGGAUCUGGACGCCCUGGAUGCUGCACUUGCAGAGACGCACGAGCAGGUCUCGGAGCUGGAGCAGUCCAAGAGCAGGCUGGCUGCCUUUCAGGAGUCGCUGGAUGCUUGCGGCGGGGACUUGAAGCAGCUCGCCGAAAGCUACAAGACCUUCGGCCUGCAGCGGGAGGGAUCCGGAUGGACCUACUGCGAAUGGAUGCCCUUUGCCUCGGCGGUUUUUCUGGUCGGGGACUUCAACGGAUGGGACACAGCAGCCACGCCCCUGACGCAGGAGGAGUCGCUUCCGGACGUUUGGAGCUGCAGUGUGCCUACGAUGCCCAUCGGCUCCAAGUACAAGCUCUACGUGGUGCCGGAGGAGGGCGACCCCUACUACGCCAUGCCAGCUUGGGCCACGCGAUUCACGGGCCCCAAUGACAUGAAGCUUCUGGACGCCAUCGUUUCUCCGGUCGAUGGGCAAGGGCCAGGGAGGCUCGACGUCUCAGCGGAGGCGCUUCAAGGUGGACUGCGCUUCUAUGAGUGCCUUCCAACGCUUACGUCCAAAGAAAGCACGGCGUCUCCGUUGGUUGAGACCACGGACCUCCUUCCCCGGAUUGCCCGGAACGGCUACACAGCGCUGCUCUUGAUGGGCCUGCUGGAGUGCAAGGACAGCAGCACCCUCGGGCGCCAGCCCGUGAGCCUCUACGCCCUCGCCAAAGACCUGGGAACGAGCGAGGAGCUCAAGAGCCUGGUGGUGCAGGCUCAUCGCUUGGGACUGCAAGUCUUCAUGGACAUGCCUCACGAUGGAGCUGCGUCAGCAGAGGACGGGUUGGGAGGACAGUUCUUCCAUUGGGGAGAGAAGGGCUUCCACCCCAUUACUGGGGCGCGGAUCUACAACUUCGAAGAGGGGGAGGUUCAGCGCUACCUCCUGUCCAGCAUCGCCUUCUGGAUGGACCAAUUCGGGAUUGACGGCUUCAGGUUCCUGGAUGUGACCUCCAUGAUCUGGGCCGAUCGUGGGAGGUUUGUCCCCGCCGACGCGACAGAGAUGGAGGAAUUCCUGUCCACCGGUGACAAGACGGACAAGGCCGGGCUCCAGUACUUGAUGCAGGCCAACUCCCUCAUCCAUGACAUGGAGAAGCACGCCCGGACUGUGGCCGAGGAGUCAAGCAUGUAUCCAUAUCUCUGCGACGCGGUGGCAGAUGGAGGGCUGGGCUUCGACUAUCGGCAGGGGUCCAACGCUCCGUCACUCUUCCGCGAGUUGGUAUCGACCUGUCGGGAUGAGCAAUGGGGCAUGAAGACGAUUGUUGACAGCAUCUGCGAGAUGAAGAAGACCCUGCCGAAAGAGAAGAUCUUGGGCUACAUGGAGUCGCUUGACCACUGCGCCAUUGGGAGGAGGCCCUUGAAGAUUGCCAUGCUGUCGUGGGAGACCCUGCACACCAUCGCAGCUGGCGGCGUUGCUCCCCACGUCACCGAGCUGGCCGGCGCCCUUCACAAAGCAGGCCACACGGUGCACAUCUUCACCCGAUCCACGCAGAACCGCACCUGGGAGAAUGACAUCGGCGGCGUCAUCUACCACGAGGUGAACUUCGGCACUGACAGCGACUUUGUGCGUGAGAUUGAGAACAUGUGCUGUGCCUUUGUUGGCCACUUCAACCACAUGGAAAACCGGAUAGGUGGCUUCGAUGUCAUUCACGGCCAUGAUUGGCUAGUGGGCCCGGCCUGCAUUCAGCUGGCCUCGAUGAACAAGCGCGUCGUGUUUACGAUGCACUCGACGGAGACUGGCCGCUGUGGCAACGUGCAGUACGGAGGACAGAGUGCCCGAAUCCGUGAAAUCGAGGGCCACGCCUGCCAUUCCGCCGAGCGCGUCAUCGCGGUGUCCGGGGUUCUGAAGGAGGAGGUCUGCUCUCACUACCACGUCCACGGCGCCAAGAUCGAAGUGAUCUACAACGGAAUCCACGCUGAAGCCAUCGCGAAGAUGGAGUGGGAGGAUGAGUGGACCGGCAACACCAAGAAGGACAAGGGCUUCGACGUCAUGGAUCCCAUGUUCCUCUUCGUGGGCCGCCUGGCGGUGCAGAAGGGGCCGGACCUCCUCCUGGAGGCCAUUCCGAUGAUCCUUCAAGCCAGGGGCAAUGCCAAGUUCGUCAUCGUCGGCGACGGCCACAUGAAGAGUGCCUUGGAGGCCCGCGCCGGGCAGCUGGGUGUUUCGCAUGCUGUGAGCUUCGCGGGCUCUGUGAAGAGUGGCACUGCGCAUUUGAAGUCCCUCUUCAAAUCUUGCGACGCCGUGGUGGUGCCCAGCCGGAAUGAACCCUUCGGCAUCGUUGUGCUCGAGGCUUGGGCUGCAGGGAAGCCGGUGAUCGCCACAACCUGCGGUGGCCCUCGGGACUUUGUACGGCCCGAUCGAGAUGGUUACCUAGUGGAUCCGGAUCCAGGAAGCAUCGCUUGGGGGGUCUGCAAGAUUUGCGAGAACUUCGACCACGCCAGGUGGAUGGGCGCUGUGGCGAAGGAGAAGGCUCUGAAUGAGUUCAACUGGACCUUCAUUGCCCGAAAGACCGAGCAGAUCUAUUACGAGCAGAUGAACCUCUUCGACGCCCCCAAGUUCAGGGCCCGUGGUCCCGGCGUCGGGGCGCCCUUGGCCCAGCAACUCCUGGGCCCGCAUCGCGGUGCGAUGGGUGUCCUUGACAACAACCAUCUGGUCAUCCGUGGGCUCCAGCUGUUGAAGAUGAGCAGACUAGUGGCGUCGUCUUUAGGCUGUGACGCGUCGAUGACGUGGAUGGGCUCAGAGUUCGGCAUGAUCGAUCCCCUGGACUUGCCGAGAGCUGCGAACGGAUACAAGAAGGACAAGUGCGCGGUGCCCUACAAACUGGCCGAGAACACGGGUCUGAAGUUCAAGCACCUGGACAUCUUCGACCUGUUCCUGAACAGACUGGGCGCCGCCCUGCAGUGGUACAAGUCCCCCAAGCACACCAUCGUCGUGGCGGACGACGAGAAGAAAAUCCUUGCCUGGGUUCGAAGUGGUUGCAUCUUUGCGAUCAACUUCCACCCCCACAAUGCCCAGACCGACCUCAGACUAGACUUGCCCAAGGGCAUAGAUAUGGCCAGAGAAGUUGUCGUGGCGCUGGACACGGAGGCUGCGCCGGUGUCAUGA